AUUACACAAUCACCGAUAACGGAUAAGUGCAACAACCAUGAGAUUAUCAUCAUUACUUUCAUUAUCAGUCCUAUCAAUCGGUACCUUAGGUGCUCCUCUUGCAGAUGAGCAAGUUAUUUUGAAAGAUAUACCCACAGUUGACGAAGGUGCUAGAGUUGCUAGAACCUUGGUGAACAGGGAGUCACUUACCAACAUCAAUACCAUUAAAACAAUCAAACAAUUGGAUGGAUCAGUAAGACAUCUUCCUGUAUCUUCCAUGGAAUACUAUGCUGAUUGUGAUUCUGAUGGUGACCCCUACUGGUUAGCAAUCGAUGUUGGCGGUACUAACCAAAAUAUAAUUAGGGGGUCCGAUUAUUCCUUUACUAUUAGAGUGGGGGAUCAUCCAAACACGGAAAAAGUUGACGAACUGUAUCCUGGAAGUAUUCCAGCAUCACCAGCCGGAUCACCUAGAGUUCAAUUGACUGGUAGAUUGCAGAAAAUUACUUUCACUAAUCCGUUUGACCCAAAGAAAGUUGCUUUGGAAAGGUGUUUCCUUGCCAAGCACCCUGAUGCUGCAGUAUGGUUGCCAAACAAUAUAGUUACCCCUCACAAAUCUCACUGGACUAAGCUAGUUGUUGAUGGGGUUUACAUGGUUGGUGGAUUCGGCGAUAGGGCAUAUAUUGGAGAAAUUAAUGCUGAACUUUACCAUUCCGCGGAAAUCAUUGAAGAGAAUAACUAAUUAGGAAUGAGAUACGAUUGGGAGAUAUCCGCAACGAUUACAAAAGAGAUAGGAGGCAACUAGAAACGUAUAUCCGCGAUCCAAAUUUAGAAGAAGUAUAUACAAAAUUCCGUAAAUUUAAUGUAUGGUUGACAGAAAACCUGUAUCUAUUCUGAACGCAUCUCUUUGUUGUUUUCGGAGUAAAUGCAAAAGGUGGAGAAGGUACUCGCAAAAAAUUGCGCCGUAUCGUUUAUUUUUAUAAAAUUGCGGAUAUUACCAAUUGGGAAACAUUAGCUAUUGAAUGUGUGCUAGUGGUUGAUAUUGUUCAAAAUACAAGGUUGCUUGAUUUGAGUGUUUUUUUUUUUGAUCGAUGUUAUGAACCAGGAACUAACCAAAGUCCAUUUCCCCAGAUUAAUUUCGGAAUAUGCAAGAAUAUGCAGUAUAUACCGACGCCUCCGCUGAAAUUACUAUGUUGCACUUAAUGGCUUAGAGU